CUGGGCACUUUGCUGGUGGAGGACGGAGAAAUUCCUGCACCUCGUUUUUCCUGGCAACCCACCCACCCAAAAUACCAGCUGCCAGGUAGAGGAAGCAAAAGUGAAGCAAACAGCAUUGUUUGGAGCUGCGGCACUGGGUCAGAACGACACAGGGGAUUGCUGAGCGGUGAAUGUCACCAGGAUAUAAUUAACUCCUGCCUGCUCCCUCCCUCCUCAGGAUGCCAUCCCGCCUGCCAGCAUCAUGCAGAAGCUUCUGCACAGUCUCACGCUCAGCCCUGCUGCUACCCAGCAGGACCAAAGUGAUGGGGAACCUUUGUGUCGUGUUCAUCUUCAUCUCCCUGCUCGCUCACGGAAGCACUCAAGGCCCAGACAGCUGUAACCACGACAGGGGCUUGUGCCGAAUGGGGAAAUGCAUCUUUGGGGAAUACCUGGCUAAGUACUGCUUUAAACCCAUCAUUCUCUGCUGUAAACCUUUAUCACUGACACCCACCAAGACCUGAAGGUGCCCGAAAUGCAGUGGAUGGAGAGCAGCAGCUCCACUAGCAAGGACCAUGUUGGGAGGACAUGCAAUUCCUUUCUAUGGGGGAACUGCUCCAGCUCUCAUUGGCUGUGGAUUCACUUGUGGACCUUUUCCUUUCACUGUGACUUUUUAAAGCAGAGCCACACAGACUAUAUAUUGUCCCAUUUGGCAUCCAGCUGCUACCUGUCAUGCAUAGGUGAGAAACUGCCUUUCUCCUUACCCAGAAACAAUAAACCUGAGGUUUAACAGAACAGCAA